UGGGAUUGUAGAAACAGUAAGCAAAAUUGUUCCUUUAACAAGCUGUGGGCACUUCUAUAGGGUACUACCUCAAGCUCUCUUCACAUGGUUGAAGUGAGAUUUUCUAAUUUCGCGUUAGAAUUGUUUACUGAUGGCCACAGCCAAUCUAAAGCCGUUGCAAUCUUUCUUUCAUUCCUGAAAUCUGGGCUCCCGUUUCUUGGGUCACUUACCGUUCAGGGAUGCCACUAGAAGAGCUUGAAAGGGUGGCACUCCAGCUCGAGGAGGGACAAAGGAUUUGAAUUUCCCGCCCUCCCCAUCUGGUGUCACCUCGUCGCAGACCGGGAGGGCCCCAGUUGGAGAGGAAAAUGUGCUGAUUUUUCUUGGAAACCUUUUUCAAAAUACCCGCGACUCCAAAAAUAAUCCCGAUGGGAAGGGCCUUGGUUGAGGAAAAGGAGUCAGUUACGGCUGGGCUAGGCCUGAGGCUGGGGGAGGGGAAAAAGCCGGGAAAAGGGGCAGCAGUUGACUGCCUAUUAAAAAGGUUGGGAAAAGUCUUUUCCUUUGGUUUAUGAGCACCGUAUGUAGGUGACAUACAACAGUGUGUCUGGAUGAAGAAGUAAAACUUGAAGUAGAAUUUCUCAAAAAGGACCACUUUUAAAAGAAAAUUUAAAUUUAAAUGAUCUUUUCCCAGCUCCCACACAAAUCAGCUGACCGCUAUAUGAGAAGCAUUUAUCUCAGCGUACAGAAAACAUAGUUGUGAAAGAGAAGCUUUUCUUAGAAGUUAAAAUUUUUGCUUUUUAGAUUAUAACUACCCCCCCCAUCCCGUAAAAAAAAAAUAUUGAACUCAAGCUGCAAUUUAAGAAUCACCCCCUGGAGGAGUGAGAUCUGGGAAAUAAUAUCUCAGCCUCUUCAAAAUGAUCUCCUGAGAUAAGAAUUAUUUUUUUCCCCAUCUUGUCUUUCAUAAUAUUUGCCUACUUGCUUGCUUCUAUCUUUCUUCUCUCCUCUCUCCCGCUUCUUCCUAAUAGUUGAUAUUUUACCUAAAACUAUACCCUUAAAUAAGAAGCCCAAACCAAAACCUGGGUCCCCUAAACUCAAAGCUAGGCCCUUUUGACAUCUAUACUGAUACCUGGCUGAUCUUUAACAAGCAAAAAGGAAAUUAAAAAUCAGAUUCCUGGACUCAGGGCUAGACUCCAAAACUAUGUGGGGAAUUGUGAGAAGCCAGAAAUAAAAUUCAUACAUCUCCCCAGCUGAUUCUGAUGAGGCACCAACUUGCUCAUUUAAGUGUUUUUAUGACGGCUGGUUUAGAAUCCUAGUUGAGAAUUCUAACAUGUGUCUCUCGGUCUUAAUAUAUGUUGAUUAUCUUUAUUCACUCAAAUGGAGACUUUGGUAUGACAGUGAUCUUUUUUUAAAAUAAACUUAUCCUGGGCAUUUUGGGUAUUGUUAUGAGACUCUAGAUCUUAUUUAAAUUUAUGGUUUUAAGAGACCUCCCCCCCUUCCCAGCCCCCUUCCCGCCUGGGAUAGGAGGGGCACUGCCUCAUUGUCAGGUGGGAGUGGCGUCCAAGUUUCUUGCUCAGCCUGUUUGACAUUGACAGGGAAGAGGUGCCUCAUUAUUGCUGUGUAGGGGGUGGAAGUCCAGGAUCCCCAUGUGGCCUCUGUAGGAGGGGGAACAAUUUUCUUCGGUUGGUGUAAUAAUUAAACUGAUACGGCAGUGAUGGGUUUCAGGGCAGGCCUUCCCAAGAUAUGCCACUUUGGCAUGCAGAGAAUUUAGAGCUGAAAGCAAUCAAGGCCCAAAAGAUGCAGGAAGAAACUCUGACCUUCCCCCUAAAUGCCUAAAAGAAUUUUAGAUAGAGAACCUGUUCCAGGAAGGCAGGUCUCACCCUAGAUAACUACAGUAUAAUUUGAACGAGGUGUGCAGACAGGGGGGAACCUAGGAAAGACUGUUCAUUAAAAUUUUUUUCUGGGUGCCAUUGUUUCUGUUUGGCCCAGCAAACAUUUGUUCACAAAACAUUUUCUUUUUUUCAUCUUCUUGUGAAUUGCCUUCCUACCCUUUGAAGUCCCAAGCCCGUAACCUCUUCUCUCAGAUGGCAUAAGCCUCAACUGCCUAACUUGUCCUUGGGUCUCAUUUUUCUUAUUGUGUCCGACCCACAAAUGAAAUGAAAUUUAAUUUUUUCCUGUUAAUUUGUCUCAUGUCAAUUUAAUUCUUAGACCAGCCAGAAGAACCUAGAAGGGUAGAGGAAAAUUUUUUCCUCCCCAGCGACCCCAAGGGCACACCAUGCCAUCACCUAGAACACUCUGGCACUAUUUAUUUAUGUAGAAUAAAUGCUAAAUGUACAUCUCUUUCGAGUUGUUAACCCUUCUAAUUCACAGUGAUUACUCUUCUCCAUGUGCUCUUAUAAUAUUUAUUGCUUAAAACCUUCAGUUUUGGAUGCAAAAAAUGCUGUACUAUUUAAACUUCAGGUAUACAACCCCCCCAGCUCCCCGCCCCCUGCCCUUUUCACAAGAGAGUAUGAAGUCUUCAAGGCAGCAUCUGAGAUACCUUUUUACAUCUGCAUCACGGGUUUUGAAACAUUUCAGACACUGAGCCAGUGUUGAUGUAUACUGCUGUUGUCCAUGGUGAAGAUAAUAAUAAAUAAUAAAAAGGAAGUGAAUAUUGUUAAGAGAAAACGUCAUAGGAGUCAAAAGACUUGAGAGAAGGUAAAAAAGAAACAGGAAAUGAGCAUCUUUACUCUCCUGCUUGGUUGCCUGGAUCAAAAUAUAGUUCUCUGACCGAGUUGGUUUAGAAGUAAUUUUCUCACACCCAGGCUCUUGUUCCUUUUACCAUCCUGUUAGUUAGUAGACUUUUAGGCUGGAGUCCUCAAAAAUUCCUAUAAUAGUAAUCCGCCUCCAUCUGGGCCCCAUCUAUUUCUAUUUCAUGGACCAUUAAAAGAAAAAACGGCAAGAUCUCCCUCGGUAAUUUAUCUUAAUUUUAUGUUCCUCAACAUGAGAGCGUAAGACCAAACACCCUGUAGUAAUAUUAAUAUAGUGUUUUAUAGUAGUAUACUGUAAUCUCAUUUUGAGUAUUUAUGUGCUGUAGGGUGUUUGUUCUCUCAUUCUUAGGAGUCCUUACGUGCUGCAAAAUUUUCACUCUAACUGCAAGAAGUUCAGUACGAUAUGGAGAAUGAUGGAGGAGUUUUCUAAAGUAAUUAGAAUCCUGUGUUGGCAGCCAAGUGAGAAAAGAGGGAGGGUAGGAAGGUUGAGAGUGGCACUGGGGAACGACGACAAAGUUUUUCAGACAGGAUUUUGUUGUCCUUGGUCCCAUUAACCUUGGCAAAGGCAAACAAACUGGGUCUCUCUCAGUUUCGCAAUCUCUAAAAUGAGGACAGUACUCACUCUACAUACCUCCCAGGUGACCCUGGAAGGCUUCAUAGGUAAGCUGUGAAUGAAACGGAAGACUUGCUGGAUCAUCCAGUUCUUGCCUUCAGUUUUCAUUGUUCAGAUAGUUUAAGACUUGGGCCGGGACAAAAAAUUUUUUGUUUCCUCUUCUCCCUCUUUCCUGUCAAAAGAGUUAAAGAGUUAGAAGAGUUAAAGUAACACUGGGCAUAGAAGUACCUACCUCUUAAAUAUUGUUUCUAAAUUGUGCUGCGUUUAUUCCUUUCCAAAAAUCAUGAGUCACAAUUUCAAUAGCAGAAAGUCAGAACAAUAAGAAUAAUCACUCCUGCUUCUGAUUGCAUUUAAGAACACUGCUUUGAAAAAACCAAAUAGACUCCAUUGUUAACAGUAUUAAAAGCCCACCAGACUGUAUGAGAUUGGAGCAAACAGGAAACUCACACUAGACGGAAGUCUUGUAUGCAAAUGAAGGAUGCAGGUUCUGAUUUCCUAUUGGUUCUUAAAUAGUAGCCAAUGGGACAAUAGCACAAGCCUACCUCUGGUUAAUAUAAAUAUUUCUCUCACCGCUGUGUUGUUUAUUGUUUGCUUUUUAUUUUGAAGGUUUUUGAGUUGUGGUCUGUUAUGUCUGGUCGUGGUAAACAGGGUGGCAAGGCUCGUGCUAAGGCUAAGACCCGCUCCUCGCGAGCUGGGCUCCAGUUCCCCGUAGGCCGGGUGCACCGCCUGCUCCGCAAGGGUAACUACUCCGAGCGUGUCGGUGCCGGGGCGCCGGUGUACCUGGCGGCGGUGCUGGAGUACCUAACGGCUGAGAUCCUGGAGCUGGCGGGCAACGCGGCCCGCGAUAACAAGAAGACGCGCAUCAUUCCGCGCCACCUGCAGCUGGCCAUCCGCAACGACGAGGAGCUUAACAAGUUGCUGGGGCGCGUGACCAUCGCUCAGGGCGGUGUCCUGCCCAACAUCCAGGCGGUACUGCUCCCCAAGAAGACUGAGAGCCACCACAAGGCCAAGGGCAAGUAAAGUGUUUAUUACUUUUGCACGGCAAUUUUGUUAUCCAUUAUCCAAAAGAAAAAAAAAGGUAACUUACAAAGGCUCUUAUCAGAGCCACCCACCUUUUUCGUUUAAAGAGCUGUCAUGCUUUUCAGUUCUGCCCAUAUGAGGGUUGUGACAUCAGGUGAAAAAUCACAGCUCAUAAGUGAGUGUCCCGAGGGAAGUCAGUAAAGAGUAUGUGCGAAAUGACUGUGAGGAAAGCCACACGAGUUUAAAUUGACCGGAUUAACUACAGGUGAAUCAGUUUAUAGUCAAACUACUUUCCUCUUUGUUGCAGCGGUGACUUUUGUAAAGUUUUUCGCACUGGAGUGAGGAAAGUAUGCUCACUUUCAGUAUAGUGAAAAGCACUGUAUUUAAAGUUAACCUUCAACAUUUUUUGUUGACUUAAAGGAACACCCAAAACCUCUGCAUCUAU